UUUCUCCCCCCGUUGUUGUUAGUUACCCCAGUCGCUUUCCCUCCCGGUUCCCACAGAAAGUCGGUAAACACGCGCGUGAAAAGUGAUCUUUAGGGUAAUCCAAGCGCGGUCCAAGUUAAGCAUGGCUUCUUCCAAACGCAAGGAUCCGGCUUCUGCGGCAGCAUCCCGGAUCUUUGUGCUGGAGGAAGAAGUCAGGAGCCUGACCGAGGAGCUGAACCAGUGCCAGGCUGAUAAAGAAUUUGUAUGGUCUUUAUGGAAACGUCUCCAGGUUGCAAACCCAGAUGUUACUCAAGCAAUCAGUUUGGUUGUGGAAAGAGAAAAGCAGAAGGCUGAACUCAAGGACAGGAAGGUUUUAGAGAUUUUGCAAGUUAAAGACAACAAAAUUCAGACACUGGAGCAGAGAACAAGUGGGCAACAAGAGGAGAUAAACAACCUGGUACAGAGGAAAAUUGCUGUGGAUGAAGAAAAUGCUGCCUUAAAAAAAGAGCUUUGCACCUUACAGAACUCUCAAGAUGUAAUGCAAGAACUUAAGGACACCAAGGAGUGUGCAGAGAGGAAGGAAAAGCAAAGCAGACUAGUUAUAAAAAAUCUGGAGGAGGAAAAUGAGGGUUUAAGUACACGCUAUGCUGACCUGCUAAAUGACCUGGAGAAACUGAAGAAGCAGGACUCACAAUGGAGAAUAGAGAAGUCUGGCAUUGAUGCAAAAGUAAAGACUUUGGAAUCGGCUUUAAGAGAAGCAAGGGGACAAGUGGAAGUCCUACACAAUAGAUGUGAUGACCUGGCAUCUCAGCUGGGGCUUAAGCAGACUGAAUUAACACAAAAGGAUUUGGAUGUGGCCAGAGCUAAGAAAGAAUUGCAGGAGCUGCAGAAUCUCUACAAACAAAACACCGAACAUGCAGCACAGCAGGCAGAGCUGAUCCAGCAGCUUCAGGCUCUCAAUACAGAUACACAAAAAGUACUGAGAACUCAAGAGGAUGCUCACACGGCUGAAACGAUAUCAUACCAAAAACUUUAUAAUGAAUUGACAAUAUGUUUUGAAAAACUCAAAGCAAGUGAAGUUCAGCUCCGGCAAAAUCAAGUUCCUCUCCAAGAUAAAUUAUUUGAAAAAGAACAACGUAUUGGUCAAUUGGAAAAGCAACUUCACGAGGCCUUCUGUUCUGCAUCUUCAUUACCCUACCAGAUUUAUCCAGAACUAAGAAAAGAGGAAUUCCAACAGCAUUCUUUAACAGAGCUAAAAUACCUCGUAAUGUCUCAGAAGACUGAAAUAGAGCUUUUGCAAAAAAAAUUGAAAAGAACAAAUCGUUCACUGGCAAAUCAUAGUCUUUGCAGUAGAGAUUUCUUGGAUUGUAUCAGUACUAGGGCUGGGAAAAAAUACAAGAAACCACCUGUGAAACGUUCAAGGUCUCUGUCCCCAAAGAGCUUUUUGAAAGAGUCAGAAGAACUAAGGAAGCUCAAAAUAGCUGAAGGAAAGAUUUCAAACUUAGAAAAGACACUACAUCUAAAGGAGUUUGCUUCAGUUAAAAAAUUGCCUGGAAACAAUAAGAAUGGAAAAGAGCGUUCAGAUCCGCAGCAUCUGCGUCAAGAAAAUUCUGAUGCAGUAUGGAAUGAACUGGCAUACUUUAAAAAAGAACACAAGAAGCUGUUGAUUGAAAAACUGAAUUUGGAGGAGGAACUGGAUCAGAUGAAAGUGCAGGCCUCUAGAGAUAAAACUACAAUACAAGAGUUGAAUAUGUGUCUGCAGCAAGAAAGAGAAGAAGUGCUCCAUAAACUUGGUGAAGAAGAUGAGGUCAACCACAGUACUCCAAAGAAGAAUGUGAAAGAAAUAUCAGCACAGACAUUACAGAAGAUUUCACAGUUGGAAAGAAGAAUAAUGGUCUUUGAAAAAGAAUCCAAGAAGCUGAAGGAAAUGAAUAAAGGGUAUGUUAAGGAUAAGAGUGAGCUACAACUAUUGCUUAAAAAGCAUUCAGGAGCUGCAGAAGACAGAGAAAAAGAACUGAAGAUACUGGUGGAGAAGAUGACAGAAGCAAAGAAGGACAAAUCAAAGCUCCAGUUAAUAAUAGAUGGAUUGGAAAAACAGGUCACCUCUCUGAAGAGGCAAGUGGCAGAAGGAAAUUUAUUGAAAAAUGAAAAUGUGGAUUUGCAGAUUCAAGUGAAACAACUACAGAGCUUACUGGACAAAGCAAAAGCAGUUGAUUCCAAAGCCACAGUGGAAGCAGCUUGUGGACAAUGUAGGUGUAAGAAUACAGGUGCCAAUGUUAAAUUGAAAGCAGGAAAGAAAAAGAGCUUAGUGGAACAUCAGUCUCUUUGCAAUCAGUCCAUCAAGGAUAUGAGCGGUACACUUGAGAACUUCAGUAAGGACGGCUGGGAAGAUAUGAGUGAAAGCAGUGACUCUGAAAUACUGAAUUCUGAAAGCCUGGACACAAGAGCAGUACACCAUAUUUCACUGACAAAAAAAAAUGAACAGCAAGAACAAAAUAAGACCGAGAAUAAUAAAAUAACCCCAAGCAGCAUGUGUUUAGAAAAUGAAAGCAAAUUAUGUCAGAAGAAGAAAAACAAAGGUGAACUAAUAACGACUUUCCCAAGGAAAAAGAUUCUAAAUUCAGCAUUCAAUCCUUACAAAGUUAACAGAGAGAGGAUAAGAAGUAUCAUGAUCCAGAAACCUGGCUCCUCCGUGUCACUUUGGGGACGCAUCACAUCUUUACAGCAGCAGUUAGCUGUAGUACAGAAAUCAAAAAGAACAGCAGUAUCAUCUCUCAAGAAGUCCAGAGAAGCAAAUAAAAAAUUAACAUCACAGUUGCAUCUAACCAAACAGCAACUUCAGGCCAGCAAGCAAACUGCUCAGACCCUGACAUCCAGCCUGACUGAGUUGCAACGAGAAAAAUCAGAUUUGCAAGGAAAAUUGGACCAUCUGAUCCAGACGACCAAAGGGAGAGAAGGCCUGUCUCUUCCAGCAUCUGGCCAUACUGGAAUGGUACCAGCUACUCCUGUCAAGACUGUAGAUUUGGAAAUGAAGCAGCUACAGUGUAAACUGAAGAAUGCAAAUAAUGAAGUCACUAAACAUUCAUCAACCAUUAAAUCUUUGAAAUCCGAAGUCCAAAGAAAAGAAGAACAGAUGCAGGAAUUGCAAGAAAAGAUUUCUAGAAUGGAAAGAGAUAUAACUAUGAAAAGGCAUUUAAUAGAAGAUUGGAGGCUGCGUAUGAAAACAUAUCAGGAAAAGGAGAAAAGCUUUAAUGAAACAUUGCAAUGUCUGGAAGAAAAGGCAAAGGCAUUAACUGAAGACUGUUCAAAUAAAAAAAUAUCCAUUGAUUCAUUAAAGCAGAGGCUUAAUGUAGCAACCAAAGAAAAGACACAGUACGAACAGAUGUAUCAGAGAACUAAAGAAGACUUGGAGAAGAAGGAGCUUAAUCUUUCCAACCUAGAAGCUAAAAUGGCAGAGACAGAAUAUACCAUGACUGAACUUGAAACAACGGCCUCUCAACAGCUUCACAGCUUAGCAAGGCAAAGUGAACAGGCAAUUGAAAUGAUGCAGAAAAAGUUGGUCAUGUCCAAUGAAAAAGUAGAAGAGUUUGUAACUUUUGUAAAGAGCUUAGCCACUGAGUUACAGCAUAAUGUGAAAGAGAUGCGAACACGAAUCAGAUGUACUAAAAAAAUGCAAGAAGACAAAAAAUGUGGUGGUAACAUUUCCAGAGAAUCUGUUCACCGGGCUCAGUCCUUGGCAGCAUCAAUCCUUAAUAUUUCAAAAACGGAUUUAGAUGAGAUUCUCGAUGUUGUAAAUGAUGAGGAAACAGAACAGAUGAAAAUGGAAUAUGAAAGUGACAAAGAAUGGUUGGGCUAUUUACAAAAACUUCUGGAAGGACAGUUUCCUUUUGCCUCGUAUUUAAUGGAUGCAGUGCUGGAAAAACUGAAUGAACAAAAGAAGCUGGCAGAAGAAUACAAUUCUCUGAUGAAACAAGCAGCCUAGGAGGAGCUCAUAAACUGACUUUUAAAGAGGAAGAGGUUUUACUUUUGCCUUGGAUCCUAUUCCUGGGAUUGGUGCACAAAAACAGAUGACCUACCAUAUUCACUAGCAUCUGGAUUUGCUUCACUUAUGUAGACUAAUUCAAAUAGUCAAAGUAUAUUCACAAAUGUGUGAUUAAAUACAGAACAAAAUAAACUGGCACGUUCAUCUAACAAAA